AUGGGCCUGAAAGUCCUCAUCAACGGGGCGGGCAUCUGCGGACCCGCGCUCUCCAUCUUCCUGCAGCGGUCCAACUCUUCGCACGAGAUCACCGUGGUCGAGCGCUCGCCAUCGCUACGCGUCGCGGGUCAGCAGAUCGACCUCCGCGCGCAGGGCAUCGCCGUCAUGAGGAAAAUGGGACUCCUGGACACCAUCAAGACGAAGACUGUGGCCGAGCAGGGCCUGACCUUCAUCGACGCCAACGGCCGCACCAAGGCUGUAUUCGGCAAGAACGACUCCGGCAAGGGCCAGCAGGCCUUCACGAGCGAGUACGAGAUCAUGCGCGGCGACCUCGUCGACAUCUUGUACCAGGAGAGCCUCGAGGUCGGGCGGAGGGUGGAACGGGACGGGAAUGGUCGGUGCGUACGGUACGAGUUCGGCAAGUAUGCGACCGAGCUUAGGCAAGACGGGUCGGGGGUCGAUGUCACGUUCUCCGACGGCACCCAGAGCAGAUUCGAUCUCGUUGUCGGCGCUGAUGGGCAGGGCAGCCGGACGCGGCGCAUGGCCUUCGGGAAAGACCUCUCGGAGAAUGUCUUCAAGCCCCUAGGAGCCUUUGUGGCCUUCUUCAGCAUCCCGAAGGGGGAGGGCGACGGCGAGAUGGCCAAAGUCUUCCACAUGCCCGAGUAUCGCAUAGUCAGCACCCGGACGGGAGACCGACCAAUCACGCAGGCGUAUCUCGCCGUCCUCAGUGACUCCGAGGAGCUAAAGGCAUCGACUAGCAAGCCGGUGCAGGAGCAGAAAGCCCUCUGGAAGGGGCUAUUCGAAGACUGCACGUGGCAGCGCGAGCGUCUGCUCGAGGGCCUCGAGAAGUGCGACGAUUUCUACGCGGCGCGCGUUGGGCAGGUCAAGACGGAGACGUGGUCGAGCGGACACGUCGCCUUGCUGGGAGAUGCCGGAUACUGCCCCAGCCUGUUCACGGGCAUGGGGACUACGGCAUCCUUGGUAGGCGCCUACGUUCUGGCGGGUGAGCUUGCCAGGCACGACGGCAAUAUCCCGGCUGCUCUGGAGUCUUAUAACAACGUUCUCCAGCCGUUUGUGACCGAGAUCCAGAAGCUCAUACCGGGAACCCCCAAUAUCCUGUAUCCCAAGACAGAAUGGGGCAUCUGGUUUCUGCAUACAGCCCUUGGUGUAUUUACGACUCUCAAGAUUGACAAGGCUAUCAACAUGCUUCUGCCCGAGGAUAAAGGUGGCUGGAAGAUACCGGAAUACCCUGAGCUCAAAUUGGAGAGUUAA